GGUUCCCUAGUGGGCAGCUCCGGAGCAACGCUUGCUCGCGGCGCGUCAUGGCUGGGCUGCUGGUGCUGCUUAGCCCGGCGGGAAGAGUGGGCGCCCGGAUACUGCCCCGGACCCCUUGGCUCCUGGGAGCCGCCACCUCCUGCGCUCCACCGCUCUGGGCCUUGGCCUUGUCCCGCCCCGGGCCGGACUCCCGGCUGCUGCACACGGCCCGCAGGGACUGCCUCAGCAGCCAGGAGCCCAGCAGAAUCACUGAGCCAGGAAGCGGUGCCAAGAGCACAGAGGGAAAGCUAAGCAAAUCACAGCAGCUGAAGAAGGUCUUUCAGGAAUAUGGGGCCGUGGGCGUGUCGCUGCACAUUGGGAUCUCGCUGGUCUCCUUGGGGAUGUUCUACGCAGUUGUUUCCAGUGGCAUCGAUAUGUCUGCAGUCCUGCUUAAGCUUGGCUUCAAAGAGUCCCUGGUGCAAUCCAAAAUGGCAGCCGGCACCAGCACAUUCGUGGUGGCCUAUGCCAUCCACAAGCUCUUUGCACCCGUGAGGAUCAGCAUCACCUUGUUCUCUGUGCCCUUCGUUGUUAAAUACUUCCGCAGAGUGGGACUCUUUAAGCCUCCAGCCACCAAGCCAUGAGGAAGCCAGUUUCUUCUGAACUACAGGAUUUGGGUUGGUUUCAGGGUGGGGUUUUUUUGGGGGGAGUAAGGGGCAGAGGCUAAUGACUGUGUUCAUUGUGGGUUUAUUUUACUUUUGCCAGCAAUAAUCUGGUGUGUUAAUUUACUUUUUUAAAAAUGAUAUUCCUCGAGGAGCCAUGUUCAUGACUUAAAAUGUCACCAAGGCUUCAAAAUGAGUUGACAGCCACUCAUGGUGGCCCAGGCCAGUAAGGCCAGCUACUGAGGAGGCUGAGGCAGGAGGAUCUCAAACUCAAAGCCUGCUUGAGCUAAUACAAUUGGGGUCAACAUUGAAGGGAGGGGCAAAGGGCAUUGGCAGCAGAGCCCUCGCCCAGCACAGCAAGAACCUAAAUUUGAUCCCAGUACAAAAUGGGACUGCCUACAGAAUGCCUCUUAGGUCAUUAGACAGGAGUCUCUGCAGCGCCUCACAGGGCUAACCUUGGCUCAGGUUCCUGAAAAGCAUUGGUUAAUUUGAGAACACCCUCUCGCCUGAUUUAUCACUGGCAGCAGCCUGCAGUUAACACGCAGUAUUCUGCAGACAGCUGCCAGCACCACAGUUAAUCAAGGAAAAAUUAACAAUCCCUAAUCACAGUCUCCAUUAACAUCAAGCCCUUGACCUUCGUAACAAUUGUGCCAGGGAAAACCAGCCAUGAGCUUCUGGUGUGUUCACUGACUCCAGAGCGACUUCGUAUCUGGGUGUGAUGAGGCUAUUUGUCUGCAAUCUCACUGAUACGGGGCAGUAUUGUUUGUAAAAUAUGGAAAUGCUGCUCCUGAUGCCCAUAUUCAGGGGAACUCAGAUCCUUCCAUAGAAGCUAAAAAAACAUCCUAGCUUUCUCAGGCAAUCCUCUUAGCUAUCUAAACCCUGAGACAUUCCAGAGCUGACACCAUGUUUACAGUGUGCCACUGUUUACGUUUUUUAAUUGAAUUGAAUCAUAUGCAUGAAGUAUUUCUACCACUUUCAAAAAAAAAAAUGGAAAAUGUUGUCUGUUCCGAGUAGAAGACAACCGUGUAGGACUACAAGCCGAGGGGAAGAGAGACCUUAGGGUUCUAUUGCUGUGAUGAAACACCAUAACCAAAAGCAAUUGGGGAUGGGGGGUUGAUUUCACUCACAGGUCCAUGUAACAGUUCAUCAUCAAAAGCAGUGAGGGCAGGAGGCAGGAGCUGAUGCAGAAGACAUGGAGGGUGCUGCUUACUGGCUUGCUCAUCGAGGCUUGCUCACUCAGGACCAAAAGCCCAGGAAUGGCACCACUCACGACGGGCUAAACCCUCCCCCAUCAAUCACUAAUUAAGAAAAUGCUGUACAGGCUUGUCUACAGCCCUUUCUUAUGGAGGUAUUUUCUCAAUUGAGGUCCCCUCCUAUCUGAUGACUCUAUGUCAUGUUGAC